GGGGGGGGGAUUUCUGCUUUGCAUUUUCUGCCUUUACGGCUCAAUCCGGCCGUGCUGGGAUUUGAGGUGGGGUUUUUUCCUUGUCCAUUUUUUUAUAUUAUCGCGACGCAGGUAAUUGGAAGAGAUCCCACUAGCUGUCCCUUGUUGAUGACACUUCAGCGGCACAUUGUCGCUCAUCACGCCCGUUGGAUUUUUCGGCACAAGCCCUGACCAGCAGCCAAAUGAGAAGGUGUUUUACGCGCGAGUUUGGAAUAAAUACACUCCAGUUACCAUCUGAGAUCAUGUGCAAGAGGACCAACCCUUCGGAGUCUGCUUUAUCAGUGCCACUUUUGACUGCUUUGAAGUGAACCCUGUGAGGAGCGUCCAAAACGACACCAUAUUCUGGUGGUGUUUUCCUGUGACGCCAGUGGGAGUCGCCUGCCACAGCUCUGACUCUCUGCCCGCCAGCUGUUCGGGACGCUGAUGUGAAACCUGUGAUGGAGACCGGGGCUUGAUAUCUGGACCUAGAAAGUGAUCAAAAAUGGACCGGCUGGUUCUGUGCGUGCUGCUGUGUGCAGCCCUGGUGAAGGGACACAGCUGCCCCGGCCGCUGUAUCUGUCAGCACCUCUCCCCCACUCUGACUCUGCUCUGCGCUAAGACCGGUCUGUUGUUUGUGCCCCCCACCAUUGACCGCAAGACCGUAGAGCUGCGACUCACGGACAACUUCAUCACCAUCAUCCGCAAGAAAGACUUUUUCAACAUGACUAGUUUGGUCCACCUUACCUUGUCCCGUAACACCAUCAGCCAGGUAACCCCCCACGCCUUCGUCGGCCUGAGAUCGCUACGGGCGCUCCACAUGGAUGGCAACCGCCUCAGUGUGAUAAAGACGGACUACUUUAAAGGCCUCAUCAACCUGCGGCACCUCAUCCUGGGAAACAACCAGAUCCACCAAGUGGCCCCCACCUCCUUUGAUGAGUUUGUUUCCACCAUAGAGGACUUGGAUCUUUCCAAUAACAACCUGCGCACCCUUCCCUGGGAAGCCAUAGCACGGAUGACCAACAUUAACACGCUCACGCUGGACCACAACCUGAUCGACCACAUUGGAACGGGGACUUUUACGCUGCUCACCAAGCUGGUUCGCCUGGACAUGACGUCUAACAGGUUGCAGAAGCUGCCCCCAGACAGCCUGUUCCAGCACGCGCAGGUCCAGUCCGAGCCCACGGGAUCCAGCUCCUCCACUCUGGCAGUGAGCUUCGGGGGCAACCCUCUUCACUGUAACUGCGAGCUGCUGUGGCUCCGCAGGCUCACGAGAGAGGAUGAUCUGGAGACCUGUGCGUCUCCAGAGCACCUCAUGGACAAGUAUUUCUGGUCGAUCCAGGAGGAGGAGUUUAUCUGUGAGCCUCCGCUGAUCACCAAGCAUCUUUCCACUAAGCCCUUUGUGAUGGAAGGCCAGGGCGUUACUCUUAAAUGCAAAGCAGUGGGUGAUCCAGAUCCAGAGAUUCACUGGCGGUCCCCAGAUGGAAAGCUGGUGCAUAAUAACUCCCGCACCAUCCUGUAUGAUAAUGGCACCCUUGAUAUUCUCAUCACAACGCUGAAGGACAGCGGGGCAUUUAAUUGUGUCGCGUCCAAUGCCGCAGGCAUCGCCACAGCUGCUGUCGAGAUCAACAUGAUCCCCUUACCCUUGUUUGUUAACAACACAGGCCACAUGCGUGAGGACCCGGGCCUCUCAGACAUCACCACCUCCUCCAAAUCUGGCAAUGACACCAAAGGCUACGACAAACAGGACAGGAGGGUGAUGGUCACUGAGCUGACCUCCUCCUCCGCUGUACUCCGUUGGCCAUCUGAGCGCCAUAUCCCCGGCAUCAGGAUGUACCAGAUUCAGUACAACAGCACGGCGGAUGAUACUUUGGUGUACAGAAUGAUCCCAUCUACGAGCAAGAACUUCUUAAUCAAUGAUCUGGCCGCGGGCCGGGAGUAUGACCUUUGCGUGCUGGCGGUUUACGACGACGGCAUCACAUCACUAACGGCCACACGUGUGGUCGGCUGUGUGCAGUUCCACACGGCCAGUGAGGUCAGCCAGUGUCGCUUCAUGCACAGCCAGUUCCUGGGAGGCACUAUGAUCAUCAUUAUUGGUGGUAUAAUUGUUGCGUCAGUGCUGGUGUUCAUUAUUAUUCUGAUGAUCCGGUACAAGGCCUACAGCAGCCCAGAGGACAGCAAGACCAAGGUCAGCUCCAGCAUGCACUCGCAGACCAAUGGCAGCCAGCAGCGGCUCCAGCGCUCCGCCUCAAAGCAACCGUCUGACGAGGGUCAACAGGAAGCUCAUGCGCCCAAAGAGUGCAUGGCGCUGGUGCUGAGGGUGGACAAGGAGAAGAAGGAGGAUCCAGCAGCCACCACUGCCAUCCUGGAAGUGGAGCUACCAUCCCUGAGUGUAGAAAAGAUGAAGAGAAGAACCAGCCUGGAUGCACAGUGCUCCGGCCCCCCAUCUGAGGACACGCAGACGGACAGUAGCCUGACCGGCUCCACCAUGUCCCUGUGUCUCAUAGGCCCCAACGCUGGCACCAAGGAGGCUCCCAGGCUUAAAGACAAGAAAGCUGCCCUGGCCAACAUGGGAUUGCUCCCAAACGAGCUGGCACGAACUAGGCAUAGAUUCUCUUUCGACGGGGGGGAUUACUCCAUUUUUCAAAGUCAUAGUUACCCACGCAGAGCGAGGACGAGGUGGCACAAGUCCACCAACCAGCUCAACAUGGAGUCAUCGCCGCUCGCCAACAGGAGAGUUACGUUCAGCAGCACUGAGUGGAUGCUUGAGAGCACAGUCUGAGGAGAGCAGUGUAGCCGGCGAAAAUAACCCCGGCUCAGCCACACACAGACAUAAGCACACAUGUAAAAACUCAAAUAUGUCUACAGGCCAUAUAACACACACUUUUCCUGCACACAGCGAAUGAUAAACAGGAACGGAAGCACAUGUACGUACACAUGCAACGUUUCUGUCAGUUGUUGGAGAAGAACAAAGUCUCCCUUCAUCCUCCCCAUCAUACUCCCAGAGAGGUUUGUUGGCCAUGUCCUUUCUUUACGCAGCAGUGCCUUAUUCUAAAAGAUGUACGAAUGGAGGAUGCUGCUGACUGUAGUCAUAAACCGCCCUCUUUGUCAUUGCCUCCCACCCUGAUAUUGGGAAGCAUUUCUUCGGAUUUUUAAUCAGCUCCUUUUUUUCUGUGUCAUGCCAAGGGGGGUGUGUCGUUUGGAUUUGACUGUUUAAUUGUUAAAAAAAACUGCAAAACGAGAAAAAAAACUUCAUCAUAACUGUAAAGUGAACAACCAGGUAUCCUGUUAUGUCAAUCAUGUUUUGGGUUUGUUCAACAACAAAAAAAACUAAAAAAACUUUUGCACAGAAGACACGAGAUACAAGGACAAGUAUCACCACGGGACUUUACAAUAAUAAUGAUUAAAAAAAAAGAACAGGAUUUUACACAUAUGCCGAUUUCUAAUGUUAGCAUAGAGAGGAUGGACCUGGGACACCAACCGUGGAUUCCUCUUUGACGGUCGGACUGUAUGAUGUUAAAUACGUAUUGUUCCAGAUGUGACUGUAUAUUAAUCGGUACUGUAUCUGGCUGGUCUAGAUAAAAAGACAACAUACAAAAAAAAAGACAUAUAUAAGUAUAUUAAAACAUUGGUGUAUGUGUACUAACUAUGUAAGUAAGUAAGUCAUAUCUCACGUGACUUUUUACAAAGCAUUUGGGUGUUGGCUGCAAGUUUUUACAUUAAAAACCUGUGUCAUCACACCGCUCCCUAUUUAGUAUGUCAACGUUUGGACCAUUUAUCCCCUCACGAAGGGUAUUAAAUUUUUUGUGUGGGUUAA